AUGGCAUUGAACUCUCAUGAACAUAUCUUGCUCUGAUUCUCCAGAUGUUCUUUCAAAGAAGCGCACAGAGUAGAUUCCAAAAUUUCAUCGAUAUUUCUGUGCAAGGAUAUCCUCACUCUUGGGACUGGAGAAAUAUUAAACCCAUUAGGGUUCAGGAUAGUUUAUGCUUUCGAACUUUUGUUAGGAUUCCUCAGAAUAAUCUAUGGCACAUCUUCGGUCGGGUUAAGAGUCAGCAAUUCUUUAUGAAUGAAAUGUAAGCUUAUAGAGGUUCUCGCAAAUGGUCUAUGCUCUUAUUAUGUCUAUUUUUAGAAUCAAUAUUUUAUGCAGGUAUUCAAGGAAAAUAAAGGAUUUAGACAAUUGUCCGUGGAGUUCAACAUUGUUAGCAUAUUUUAGAUUUGAGAGGAGAUAAAAUAAGGCAGAAUUGUCAUCCUUGAAGGAACAACCUUUUCAUAAUGGCUCAUAAGAUGUGUUUUACUAUCUUUUUUCUUGCAAUUCAAGGAUCAUCAUCAGUAAGUAGUAACUCAGAGUAUAUAGUUUAAUGCAUUGUGCAAAUCUCAAUGCUAAAUUCUGUGUCAUUAGUUUAAUUCUUGUUCAAUAACAAUAUUUUGAGAUUAAAAACUUUUAUAAUUACAAAGCCUAGGUGUCUUAAAUUAUUACAGAAGUACUUUGAGAUAGAAACCAGUCUAUAAAUGAGUUAGAAAGUCCAUAUUGCCAAUCUGUACAAAGCAUAAGGACUAUAAUAAUUUGAAACAUUUUGCAUGUCUAAUCCAUGCUUUAUUUAUUUAA